CUCGGAGCCCGGAACGGCCGCGGAAGUCGGACGCCUGCGCUCAGGGCGACGAGGGUACCGGGGACGGGGGGCUCGGCUCCCCACCUGACCCCUGUCACUUCCUCCCCCCGCCAGCAAAGUGAAGGCUCCUAGGACUUUCCAGGCAGAGGACGGACCGAUCGGGAAUCGCCAGCUGCUCCAGGUCAAGGUCUUGCCCCACCCGUGCCUCCCUCCCCAUCAUCACCAAGGCGCUCCCAACUCACUGGUGAGCGCGGCGGCCCGGGCGCUGGAUGCGGGGACGGCCGCGAUGGCCCCGCGCGCGGGACAGCCGGGGCUCUGGGGCCCGCUGCUGCCGGGGCUGCUGCUCGUGGCGGUGGCGCUGAGCCGGCCCGCCGCGCCCUGUCCCUUCCAGUGCUACUGCUUCGGCAGCCCCAGGCUGCUACUGCGCUGCGCGUCGGGCGCGGAGCUCCGGCAGCCGCCUCGGGACGUGCCGCCCGACGCGCGCAACCUCACCAUCGUGGGCGCCAACCUGACAGUGCUGCGCGCGGCCGCCUUCGCGGGCGGGGACGCGGACGGUGACGGGGACGAGGAGGCGACCGACGGCGUGCGCUUGCCGCUCCUCACGGCGCUGCGCCUCACGCACAACAACAUCGAGGUGGUGGAGGACGGCGCCUUCGACGGGCUGCCCAGCCUGGCGGCGCUAGACCUGAGCCACAAUCCGCUGCGCGCCCUGGGCGGCGGCGCCUUCCGCGGGCUGCCCGCUCUGCGCUCGCUGCAGCUCAACCACGCGCUGCUGCGCGGCGGCCCCGCGAUGCUGGACGCGCUGGACGCGGCGCUCGUCCCGCUGGCUGAGCUACGCCUGCUGGGCCUGGCGGGCAACGCUCUGAGCCGCCUGCCGCCCGCCGCGCUGCGCCUGCCGCACCUGGAGCAGCUGGACGCGCAUCUCAACGAGCUGGGCGGCCUGAGCCCCGACGAGCUGCGCGCACUCGAGCGCGAUGGCGGCCUGUCCAGGCCGCGCCUGCUGCUGGCCGACAACCCCCUGCGCUGCGGGUGCACCUCGCGCCCCCUGCUGGCUUGGCUGCGCAACGCCACCGAGCGGGUACCCGACGCGCGUCGCCUGCGCUGCGCCUCCCCGCUCGCGCUGCUGGACAGGCCUCUGCUGGACCUGGACGAGGCGCGGCUGAGCUGCGCGGAUGGCGAUCCUAAUGAGCGCGGGGAAGAGGUGGACGUGGCCGGCCCGGAGCUGGAAGCUUCUUACGUCUUCUUCGGGCUGGUGCUGGCGCUCAUAGGCCUCAUCUUCCUCAUGGUGCUCUACCUAAACCGCCGCGGCAUCCAGCGCUGGAUGCGCAACUUGCGCGAGGCCUGCAGGGACCAGAUGGAGGGCUACCACUACCGAUACGAACAGGACGCCGACCCGCGCCGUGCGCCCGCCCCGACCGCCCCUGCCGGCUCCAGAGCCACUUCCCCGGGCUCUGGGCUCUGAACUUCGCCUCCCACGGAUGGGAAGCUGUCCCUGCCAGCUGAUGACAGUACUGGGCCACCUAGCCUGCCCUUGCCUGGCCUGAGCCGUGGAGAUGAGAUACCCACUAAUUUUGAUCUCUGAGACACUGGAUCGGAGCAUCUCUCCCACUCUGAGGCUCCAAACUGUACUCCUUCUCCCAGGUCAAAAACCCAGAGACGACCCCACCUGGUUCCAAAAACAAACCCGCCCAUCCAGCCUCUGAUCCAGCCUUCUCGGACCAUUGGAAGCCCUUCUCCCUGCCCUGGCUCACGCAUAGACCCUGCCCUUCUCUUCGAAAGCUCUGACACCUUCGCCACCACUCUGCUUUGAGCCACACACCCUGGCUAGACUGCAUUGGUCCCUGGUCCCAGGCCUGAGCCCCUCUCCCAGAGUUUGGGGGAUCUCCCACCUGGUUCUGGUCUCAUCCAAAGGUUUCUGUGGAUUUUGAGCCCUUUGUCCCACCCCAUAGCCCUGAACCCUCCAUCCUGCAUGGAGACUCAUAUUUGGGGACCCUGUGGUUUGGGCAGCCUCUUCUCGUCUGAAGAAGGGUUUCAUACCCCAGCUCUGGCUCAAGCUCCUCCGUUCCUUGCCUCUGGCUUGGCGUUCAGCUCCUAUUCUAUCUCUCCCAAUCCAGGGACAAGCCUUAGUGAGGAGUCCAUCCUUGGCCCUUCCCUGAACUCUGAUGUCCCAACACUCCGUGUUUGUUCCUAAUCUCAAACUCAGCUCUCCUUCUUAGUCAGUUUCAUUCCCCUACCACUCUUAGGCUCUCCAUUCCUCUGACACCCAUCGCUGGCACUUGAACCCGCCCCACCAUUGACUGGUCAGGGUCCAGAGAGGAAUCCACCCAUUUGAGGAUGCUAUCCCCUGCUCUCCUAGAAGUUCUGCCAUUCUACAGGACAAGGGCAAGCACCCCUUUGCAGACAGGCAGAUUCCCAUGGGGAAGAGACGGGUGCUGGAUGUGCAGAGAGUAGGAGGGCCUCCAAACCAGGGUCACUGGUCCAUCUGGGGCUGGGAGCUGCUACCACCAGUUCCUCCAGGCCCUCUCCCACCCAUUGUGCUCCUCUCCUGGGGACUCCUCACCCACCUCCCCUAUGCCUUCUGGAAGAGGAUAGGGUCUGGCCUCCUGUCUCAGGCACAAGCCCUCCUGGUCAAAGUUGUGGCCUCAGUGCCCUGCCUUCUGCAUGAUCCCAAAGCACAAUGGUGAGUGGGGAGGGACUGCCUCCCUGCCUCCCACCCUAGGUCAAGCAGAAUGGCCGGCCUGUGCUGCCUCUGUACAGAAAGCCUCCCUCCUCCAUGUAUUGGCUUAAGGCUUGCCUUCCCACCCUCCCCUGAGAAAUCUGGACCUCCCUUGGGCUGUUUUCUAUAAAGUCUGCAAUAAUAGCUUAUACUCUGCUCUUGUAA